AACGAUAUCGCAUCCAGAGUGAACAAUUUGAGGAUCUUUGGCUCAUAACAAAUGAGCUUAUUAUCCGCCUUCAGGAAUAUUUUGAAAAACAGGGAAUCAAAGAUUUCGCAUGUUCUUUUUCUGGAUCUAUGCCCCUUCAAGAAUAUUUUGAGUUGAUCGAUCAUCAUUUUGAGUUGCGGAUAAAUGGUGAAAAAUUAGAAGAACUCUUAUCUGAAAGAGCUGUACAGUUUCGGGCCAUUCAACGCCGGCUAUUAACAAGGUUCAAAGAUAAAACACCUGCUCCUCUCCAACACCUGGACACCUUGCUAGAUGGAACUUAUAAGCAGGUAAUCUCUCUAGCAGAUGCAGUAGAGGAAAACCAAGACAAUCUGUUCCAGUCAUUCACCAGGCUGAAAAGUGCCACCCAUUUGGUGAUUCUGCUGAUCGGGCUGUGGCAGAAGCUGAGCGCUGACCAGAUUGCUAUCCUGGAAGCGGCAUUUCUGCCACUGCAGCAGGACACUCAAGAAUUGGGCUGGGAAGAAAUGGUGGAUGCUGCCAUUUCCCACCUUUUGAAGACCUGCCUAUCGAAGAGUUCCAAGGAGCAGGCUUUGAACCUCAGCAGCCAGUUGAGCAUACCCAAAGACACAAGCCGAUUGAAGAAACAUAUCACCUUGCUGUGCGAUCGAUUAGCCAAAGGUGGACGUCUCUGCCUAAGUACUGACGCAGCGGCUCCGCAGACCAUGGUCAUGCCAGGUGGCUGUGCUACGAUCCCAGAAUCAGACCUAGAAGAAAGAUCAGUAGAGCAAGACUCCACUGAACUGUUAACCAACCACAAACACCUCAUCGUGGAGACGCCCGUGCCUGAAGUUUCACCCCUUCAAGGAGUUUCAGAAUAGUUGAAGUAGAGUUGUCUGGUUGAGGAGAAGAUGGCCUUCCCAAGGCUGAUGAUGUGUGGACCUCAUGCCAAGCACAGAUGAAGGUGCUUCAUACAGCUCACCUGCCAGGAGAUAACAAUAGGUAGAGAUGGGGAUGGGGACUUUUAAUUUUUCUAGGAGGACUUGUAAUACCAUGGGCAAGUCAGUUGACCUUGUCUUACCAGGAAAGGAUGUUGCUGCUUUUUGGUCAUCUGUAUGCUUUCAGCCACAGUAUAUAGUGAGAUGACAUCUUUUGGGGGCAGACUUCGUAAUGCAAAGACCCAGAUCCUACUUGAUACCCCAGUUUUUUCACAGAAUUCUUAUAUGUUAAAUGUAUCGAGUUUAAUAAAAGCAUCUCAUUGUCAAACAA